CGUGGCGUUUGUUUCCCCCGGACACAGAGACAGCUGGAACUCAUAACAGAUAUUACAAUGCAGCGGUUUUGCUGUACAUAAAGCAGUUAUGAGGUUUGUCAACAGGCUGUUUAGUCGUCAGUGGAGGUUGUUCUGCAGGGAUGUGUCCUCAUACACACAAGGACAGAGUCCAGAAGCAAGAAUCAGAGAGUAUUUCUACUAUAUCGAUCAUCAAGGACAGCUCUUUCUGGAUGACACCAAGGUGAAGAACUUUGUGACCUGUUUCAAAGACCAGCACUUCUUAGUUUUCUUCUUCAGUCGUCUGAAAUUGAACCAGAGUGGCCGUUAUCAACAGGACUUCCCCUUCCUCUCGCUCUGUGGACGUGAACGCAACUUCCUGCGCUGUGAAGAUCAGCCCAUUGUUUUCACGCACCUGUUAUCGGAGGCGGGACAUGAGGAGCGUCUGUCCUACUGUGGAGGCGGAGCUAAACUGACCGUUCCGUUCCGCCCAGAAUCUCUCUUCAUGCAACCGGUCAGCGGCAGACUGUACCAUCCUGGACCUGAGCGGGGUGGAGGGGUGGGUUUGGUACGAUCGGCGUUGGCCAUUGAGCUGAGUGCCCACUUUGAGUACGCCACGGGUCAGGAGAGUACAGGACAGCCCACUCAUUUCACCUGGGCGGGGCAUCGACACACUCUAACGAAAGAGUUGGCGAAACGUUUUCCUGUUCAAAAAGAUUCAAGAUGAUUCAAUCAACCUACAAGUAGAUUCUGACCAUUAAAAUCCUGCUGAACACAUUUAUUGCUGAUAAACGCAAACAUUUUGAGAGUGAAUGCAAAGUUUCUUGGGGGAACGCAAUACAUUUGUGAGAAAACACUAACGUUUUGAAAGCAAUGAAAAGUUUCUUGAGAAAUGUAGAUAGUGACCAUUAAAAUCCUGCUGUAAUUAAUGUAUAUUCUGAACAUACUGCUGAAAUAAAUGUAUAUAUUGUGU